GACUGGCGGUAAAUGCAAAUAACGAGGUCUUUGUCAAUAAAAUAAGAAUACUGUAUUGGUUUUUUAGCUAUUAGGAGCCCAAAUCCUAUGGCCAGUCAGGCAAACAAUUAUGUUAUAUCGCUGCCGAUCAACGGUAAUCGGCGUCGUUAUAUAGACAAAAAUAAAGAAAUAGGUGUUGAUGAGUGUCCUUUCAGUGAAACGAACCAAGUGGACUAACCUGGCAUAGCGUAUUGAAUCUCCAGAUGAUUCCACUGAUGUUGGAGAAGAAGACAGCUUUCUAGGUCAGACCUCCGGGAAUGGACCAGCCCCCUCUACAUUCAACUACUUCUCCAGCCCCGUAACCAGCAGCGACCCAUUCGCAUCCAUCGGCCAGUCGCCAUGCCCACCGCCGGCCCUGUCAGCAGCCCCGACAACAACGGGCCCCGUUUCUGUUCCCAGCAGCGUCAGCAUGGCUCCACCACCACCUCCAGGAUCACAAAUGAACCCUGCUCCUCCAGCGUUUGGCAGUGCAGUUUACCAGAGCCCUGUGGGGCGUCACACUCCUCCCCCCACCACAAUGACUCCACCACCUCCCCAGAUGCAGCCACAGAGUCAUAACCCGUACCGACACACCCCCACCAGCAGCAGAGCCAGUCCUUAUAUUCCAGCUCCAGAGGUCUUGCCACCGACACACACACCUCAGCAGAACCCAUACUCUCUCAGCUCGCCGCCACAGACAUUCCCGCUGUCAGGACCCACAUUCACAAAGCCUCCUCCCACACAGAUUCAAGCGCCUCCACCUUCAGCCACCACUGGUGGAGCGUUAGUUCCUGCUGGUCCCAUGAUGCCAUACAACUACAAUGUCUAUGAGCCUGUUCAGCCUCACUGGUUCUACUGCAAGCAAGUGGAAUCAAAGAGCGUCUGGCUUCCUUUCAGUAUCAUUGACUCCCUUCAGCUAGAGGAGACAUAUAACUCAGUUCAACCGGACCCAGAAAAUGUGAUCGUACGUACAGAUGGAGGGCGUUACGACGUGCAGCUCUAUGACCGCAUACGGACUUCGGUGUACUGGGAGGAGGAACCUACAGAGGUCCGGCGCUGCUCUUGGUUCUACAAAGGGGAUACGGAUAGUCGCUUUAUUCCUUAUUCUGAGGAGUUUAGUGACAAGCUGGAGGCAGAAUAUAAGAAAGCUGUGUCUACCAACCAGUGGCACCGUAGACUGGAGUUCCCAUCAGGAGAGACCAUUGUCAUGCACAAUCCAAAGGUGAUUGUGCAGUUUCAGCCCUCCUCCAUACCAGAUGAGUGGGGCACAACUCAGGAUGGGCAGACCAGGCCCAGAGUGGUGAAGAGAGGGAUUGACGAUGACCAUGACGAAGUGCCUGAUGGUGAGCUCCCGAAAGUGGAUCAUCUUGUGUUCAUGGUUCAUGGAAUCGGUCCUGUGUGUGACCUGAGGUUUAGGAGCAUGGUCGAGUGUGUGGACGACUUCCGCAGUGUGUCACUGAAGCUGCUGCACAGUCACUUUAAGAAAUCACUGGACGAGCACGCCAUCAGCAGGGUGGAGUUCCUCCCUGUCCAGUGGCACACGGCUCUACAUGGAGAUGCCACAGGGGUGGACAGGAGGAUAAAGAAGAUAACCUUGCCCAGUACUGGACGUUUACGUCACUUUACAAAUGAGACUUUGUUAGAUGUCCUUUUCUACAACAGUCCCACUUACUGCCAGACCAUCAUGGACACAGUUGCCCAAGAGAUUAACAGACUUUAUGCCCUGUUCAUGAAGAGGAACCCAGACUACAGUGGAGGCACAUCAGUGUCUGGACACAGCUUGGGUUCCCUGAUUCUCUUUGACCUGUUGUCCAAUCAGAAGAAUAGCUCUCCUGCACUGGCCAUGCCAAUUGCACCCACUGCUAAUGGUGACACCAAACAGGUGACAGCCCCCGUUACACAGGGAAAUAAUGCCGUCACCCCUCCAGCUGUGGAAGAGGAGCCCAAAGAAGACGGGGAGGUGUUUGAGGAUCUUUCUGCUAUUCUGGAACAUCUAGGCUUGUCUGAGUACAAGAGUACCUUUGAUGAGGAGAGGAUUGACAUAGAAUCUUUUCUUAUGUGCACAAUUGAGGACCUGAAAGAGAUGGGAAUCCCACUGGGUCCCAGGAAAAAGAUCGCCAAGUUUGUCAAAGAGAGAGUGAAUAAGCAGGCUGCACGUCAGGCAGCCCAGCAGAAGAAAGCAGAGGUCAAAGAUCUGGUCAGUCAGGUUGUGGCGCCUCCACCAGCAGCCGAAGCUCUUCCUGAUCUCACUGUAAGGAAGCUUCCAGUGGGCAACACUGUGUCCUCCAUCCACGUCAACUACAAUUACUUUGAAGUUGGCACUGGACAGGUGUCAGUGGUCUACCACUCUCUGGACUUUGAGCCAGUGAAUUUCUUUGCCUUGGGUUCUCCUAUCGGCAUGUUCCUGACAGUCCGAGGGCUGGAAAAGAUUGAAGAGACGUACCAGCUGCCCACGUGCAAGAGAUUCUUCAAUAUUUACCAUCCGUUGGACCCAGUGGCGUACAGGAUUGAGCCAAUGAUAAUACCAGACUUGGACUUGAAGCCUGUUUUGAUCCCACAUCACAAAGGGAGGAAGAGGCUUCAUCUCGAGCUGAAGGAGAGUCUCUCCAGGAUGGGCUCUGACCUGAAGCACGGUUUUAUCAGCUCCCUUAGGAGCGCCUGGCAGACCCUCAACGAUUUUGCUCGCGCUCACACUGCGUCUGCCCAGCUUCAGGCUGAGCUGGCCAUCGUAGCCAAUCAGAUCGAAGAGCAGGAGAAGCAAGCGCAGGAGGAGCACAAGAUCCCAGAGAGCCCCGAGCCACAAAGAGAAGAGGAGCCUCAGGUGAAGAUUGGGAUGCUGAAUGGAGGGAAUCGCAUCGACUACGUCCUGCAGGAGAAGCCCAUCGAGAGUUUCAACGAGUACCUGUUUGCCCUCCAGAGUCAUCUCUGCUACUGGCAAUCUGAAGACACGGCUCUGCUUCUGCUCAAAGAGAUCUACAGGACCAUGGGGAUCCAUCCAGAGCAGAUAGCACAUUAAUACAAUGAAGUACCUUCGAAUGAAAAUAAGCCUGUCUGAAACUUUCCCAUUUGGGUUAUUUCAUGUCAGUUCUCCUGGAUUUUAAUUAUGCUUUUCUUUUUUUCUAUUCAUGUAGUUUAUUGUAUACAGAUGAAUAAAAAAAAAAUUGUAUUAUGCCAUUUGUCUUAAAUUAAGAAACACAAAUGAGCUUGUAGAUUCAAAGACAGUUGACAAGUUUGAUAUGAAGUUUUUAUAGUAUAAAUUAUAGAACUGGUCAAGUAUUCUGAAAAUAUGUAUCAUCAAAUCAAAUGCUAACAGCAGGAAUGACAUAGCAGCAGUUAAUGCAGCCUUAUGUAAAUUUUAUUUCAUGGCCAAAAUGUCAAAAUAAAUCAUUUCCUUGCACAGGA